CGCCCCAGCGCGCAGGCGCAGGCCCCAUGCUCCGCGCCGCGUCUCAAGCUGUGGCCCGCGCCACGGUCCGCUGUGCGCGUAGCCCCGGGCCACCGCAGGCUCGCACAGCCAGCGCCGCCGCCAUGUCCCGGCCGUCGCGGUCCGCUUCAGGCUCCCCGGCCCGGCCUGCCACCGUGCUGGGCACCAUGGAGAUGGGGCGCCGGAUGGACGCGCCGGCCAGCGCCGCGGCUGUGCGCGCCUUUCUGGAGCGCGGCCACACCGAGCUGGACACGGCCUUCAUGUACAGCGACGGCCAGUCCGAGAGCAUCGUGGGCGGCCUGGGGCUCGGGCUGGGUGGCGGCGACUGCAGAGUGAAAAUUGCCACCAAGGCCAACCCCUGGGAUGGGAAGUCGCUGAAGCCCGACAGUCUCCGGUCCCAGCUGGAGACGUCACUGAAACGGCUGCAGUGCCCCAAGGUGGACCUCUUCUACCUGCACGCGCCCGACCACGGCACCCCCGUGGAAGACACGCUGCGCGCCUGCCACCAGCUGCACCAGGAGGGCAAGUUUGUGGAGCUCGGCCUCUCCAACUAUGCCGCCUGGGAGGUGGCCGAGAUCUGCGCUCUCUGCAAGAGCAACGGCUGGAUCCUUCCCACUGUGUACCAGGGCAUGUACAACGCCACCACCCGGCAGGUGGAGACGGAGCUCCUCCCCUGCCUCAGGCACUUUGGACUGAGGUUCUACGCCUACAACCCUUUGGCUGGGGGCCUGCUGACCGGCAAGUACAAGUAUGAAGACAAGGACAAGAAACAGCCCACGGGCCGCUUCUUUGGAAAUAACUGGGCCGAGACCUACAGGAAUCGCUUCUGGAAGGAGCACCACUUCGAGGCCAUUGCCCUGGUGGAGAAGGCCCUGCAGGCUGCGUAUGGCACCAGCGCCCCCAGCAUGACCUCGGCCGCCCUGCGGUGGAUGUACCACCACUCCCAGCUCCAGGGUGCCCACGGGGACGCGGUCAUCCUGGGCAUGUCCAGCCUGGAGCAGCUGGAGCAGAACCUGUCGGCCACGGAGGAGGGGCCCCUGGAGCCCGCUGUCGUGCAGGCCUUCGACCAGGGCUGGCACCUGGUCGCCCAUGAGUGUCCGAACUACUUCCGUUAGGCCCGGACCCGACCUGAGGUGGCAGGGGGUGCGCCCUGUCUGCCACCCUUCACUUCUCACCCUGGCCUUAAGCUGCUCCGUUUAGCUCCUUCUUUCCUCGUCGUCUCAGUUCACAGACUGUCUCCUGUAUCCUCGUACCCCACCACUCCCCGCUGCCCUCCCCGCAUGUAAAGGCUGGAUCUCGUCGGAAUAAAGCAGGCCCUUGACCUGGUGUCGCCCAGGCCC